AUGGUUAGUCGAGCAAGAGGCACUAUAAUUUCAUGUUAUGCAAAGUAAGGUUUUCGAAAAAAUUUUUGUUUUUAAUUUUUCUUCCGGAAUUUUAGAGUCGCACUAGCUCUAUUUAAAAUUUCAGACACAACAAUCCGAAACCUGAGGCAAUAGACCCUUUUCUCUGCACACAUUUGCUUGUUAUUGGCAGUACUAACUACGGUAAUGCGGGGCCGACUUUUCCGGCUGUUGAGGACAUCAAGAGAUACAACAAACUCAAGACUGUUAAUCCAAGGUUAAAAGUAUUGAUUUCGUUGACUCCAAAUAACCCCAAAAUGACAGAAUUGGUAAGCAUUUUCUUUAAAAAAAAUUUUUAUUUGCUUAUUUUGCAUAUUUUUUGCUUUACAUUCCCAAAUUUCAGACCUCAAAUGAAGUAAAACUUGCUGAAUAUGUAGUACAAGUCAGGGAUUAUCUUAUUUCCAAUCAAUUAGACGGAUUCGAUAUUGACUGGGAGUUCCCGGCCUUCAGUCCAGAUGCCAAACCGUCUGAUCGUGAUGGAUUUACAUUCCUUUUGAAGGUAAUCUUCAGCUUUUUCUUGUUGAAAAAAAAAUUCAAGCAAAAAAAUUUUGAUAAAAAUCCUGCACUGUGCAAAAAAUCGAACUGAUUGCACUGUGCAAGCCAAAUUUUAGCCUAAUUUGGGCUCCGCACAGUGCAAAAAUUGGUUUCUUUUGCACAGUGCGCAUAAAAGCAAAAAAUUUUUGUCAAAUUUUGAGGUAAUCGAAGCUAUGUAUUAUAAUUUAAAAAAUCGUGUUGUUGGUCGGUAAUUAUAUUUACUUAAUUUUUCUCUUUACCAUUUCCAGGCUCUUCGAGAGAAAUUCGACCAAAGCGGUCACAAAUUUUUGAUCUCCGUAGCACUUGGGGCCCCUCACGUUAUCCUCGAAAAGGCCUAUGACAUCAAUGCUUUAAACAUGUAUGUGGAUCUAGUGCAAAUUAUGAACUAUGAUUAUCACAUUUACAACAUGAUCACGCCGUUUGUGGGAUUUGAUGCGCCGUUGAGAAAGCUGCCGUAUGAAGUCUUCUUUUUGGAUCGACUGAACUCGGUAAGCCUGAUGAAAUCUCUAAUUCUCUAAUUUUUCAUAUUUGGAAAUCUUAUUUUUCGGUUUUGACCGCACUGUGCGAAGCAACUUGACUUUUGCACUGUGCAGAGCUAAAAAUAGGCCAAAAUUAGCGCUGCACAGUGCGACUAAUGAAAUUUUUUGCACAGUGCAAAAAAUUUGUGACUAAAAAAUUUUGUAUUUUUAGGAAUACUCCACAAACAACUACUUGAGUAAAGGCCUCGAUCGGAGCAAGCUGAUUUUUGGAAUUCCGACCUACGGAAGAGGAUUCAAACUUCUUACGGAGCUGUUUCAUUUCCCUUAUUCGCCAGCCGUUGGCGUCUCAUCUCUCGGUGAAUACAUCCCAUAUCGGAGGGUAAAAACUUUCCUUUGAUACCAUCUCAGCUAAUAUUAAACUUGCAGUCCUGUAAAUACCAAGCUUCGGGUCAAUUCAACUAUGUUUGGGAAGACGCCGCCGCCUCGCCCUACCUCUACAAGGACCGGGAAUGGCUGAGCAUCGAGGAAGAACGAAGUGUCCGUCUCAAAGCGGAGUUCGCGCGAGACCUCGGCGUUGCCGGAGUCAUGAUUUUCGCGUUGGAUUCGGAUGAUUAUGAAGCAAAAUGCGGAAACCGAACCUUCCCAUUGGUAAAGACCAUCAGAAAUGUGUUUGUAUCCGACGAGGAGGUCGAGAAACAGCGGGAUGAAGCAUUGAAAUUAAUAAAAAGUGACGUCACUUUGACAAAACUCGACAAAUUCGAAAUCGACGUGAUGAAAGAGGAGAAACCAGAGAGUGUUGGAGCAAAUGGAUUCAGAAAAUUGAAGAAACGAAGACGGAGGCAUAAUAGGAAACGGCUUGAAGCAAUCGUUGUGAGCUCGUAG